AUGAGGCCAAAACUUUGUCAAAUCUAUCUUCAAGACUCAUGGUGGAAGAAGCAAGGCAACUAUAAGGACAAGAGGUUCAUGAAGAAACAGUCGACGGUAGUGCUUUUACAGCAAAAGGUGAUAAGAUAUUUAAUAAUCAAAAAGGCUGGAAAAUGCAAUCAUUGCAAGAAAUUAGGUAAUUGGAAACUGGAUUGCCACAUAUAUAAAAAGGAUUACGAAAAUAAAAAUAUUGGAUCGUCAUAAUCAAUAGGGGACGCAUUCAUAGACUGCUCAAAGGUUAUGAGGCCGAAUGAUGAAAACAGUAAGUGGUAUGUAGAUUCGGGAGCCAUUAAUCAUAUUGAAUGGUUUGUAUAUUACAAACAAUUUUACGAUACUAUGGAGGUGCAUAUUGGAGGUAGAACAAAAAUUACAGCAUAUGGUAAAGACAGCAUAAAUAUACUCGCCCUUGUGAAUGGACCACUGUGAACAGUGGACAAAGAAUCAUUUGUCAAAUGUUCUAUGUUCCAGAAAUAAAGGAAAAUGUAUUUUCAUCGAGCGCUUGUUUGGAUAAAGUGAUAAAAAUGAUCUCAGAUAAUAAAAUGUGCAAAAUCAUUAAAACUGGAAAAACUCUAGCAGUGGGAUCACGUGACAAUAAAUUAUUUACUUUAGAAUUUAAAACAAUAUCUAUAAAACAAGUAUGUCAAGCUAACUUAGUAAAAAAGGUCGACAUAUUAGAACAGUAGCAUCAAUGACUUGUACACCAAAAUAUGCAGUAUAUACAAAAAUAUUCGACACAUAUGCAAUUACCAUUUGUUGAUUCAAAAAAGGAUUUUGUUUCGUGAAGCGUGCAUCUAUGGGAAACAGUACAGGGAACUAUUUCCAACAAGCAAAACAACAGCUGAACCAGGAGAAAUUAUUCAUUCUGACGUAUGUGGGCCUAUGAAAACAAAUUUUUUGGGAAGUAAAAAGUAUUUUGUAUUGUUUAAAGAUGAUUUUUCAAAUAUUCGGUAUGUGUAUUUUCUAACACAUAAAUCAGAGAUGUUAGAAAAAAAUGCAAAUAUAUUUAAAUAUGAUUAAAACUUAACAUGAUAACCUGUGAAAAUGUUGAGAAGUGAUAACAGACUGGAAUACAUUAAUGCUGAUAUAAAAGCAAUAUUAAAUAAAUUAAGAAUUCAGCAUCAAAUAAGUACUCCUUAUACACAACAGAAUGGGUCGGCAAAACAUGAUAUACAAAUUAUUAUUGAAACGGCCAGAACUUUAAUAGCCAGCAAGAAUUUAUCAAAAAAUGUAUGGACUAAAGUGGUUAAUAUGGUAUAUGUGUUGAAUCACACAGGGAACUCAGACCACGAAAGUAAAGUGCCUUACGAAUUAUGGUAUAAUCAAACUCCCCAAAUAAAUCACCUAAGAAUAUUUAGAAGCGAUGUAUACAUUCAUAUACCAAAUGAGAAGCGACAAAAAUGGGACGUAAAAGGCAAAAAAGGAAUAUUUGUAGGAUACCAGGAAAACUCAAAAUGAUAUAGAGUGUGCUUCAAUCGGAAAGUCGAGAUAAAUGUAAUAUUUAAAGAAGGAAUAUCAAUUCCGUCAGAAAUUAAUGGAGAAAAAUUCACAAAAGAAAAAGAAGGAAAAACAAACUCAGGAAGUGUGAUUGAAAAUGAAGAUAAAAAUCUUAACAAAGAUGCACAAAUUCCAGUGGAUAUAGAACAGAUAGUUUAA